AAGCACUCAAAAUAGUUUUGAAAAUAGACAAAUCUGAGAUAUAGCCCAAAUAAAUUAACAGCAAGGACGUAGAUACUAAUGAAAAAUGCAGGAGUGGAACAACACAUUAUGUUUUAUUCAAUUUUACACGGGAAUUUUGAAAUGAAAAAGCCGAAAAUUGUCAAAAGUGAAGUUAUAUCGAACAGAAUGUGAGGUUAAAACCUUUUGUCAAAAAAUUUAGAUUAUUUAAAUGUUUGGACCGAUUGUUGUAAAACACACGUAAUGUUUGAUUUCUACUAACUCACAUGAUGUACCUCUGUGUAGAUAUAUCGUGUUGAAAUCUGACGCAACAUUUUGCUAAAACACUCGUUUACUUAUGAGGUUUAUCAAUUGAUAGAUUAACCGGAAAAUAACGGAUCGAUUUUGUUGAUUUUUAGACCAUUAUAGUUUUUGUCAGAUUUGAGGUUAUGUGCCACAUCUUCACAGCAAACCUCUCCUUAAAAUGUCCACAUCAGAAAUGAAAAGAGAGAUAAUUGACGAACUGAAUAAGAAGUACGGCAAAGAUUUAUUAAAUUACGAAAAAUGUAAAAACAUCUUCAAGCAAUUGCAACAAAAAAAGUCUGAGAUUGAGAGAGAGAUAAAUUUAAGUGAUGAGUCAUCUUCGAUUGGUAAAGUUGUCAAAGAGGCUGAAAUUGCUACAGAAAAAACAAAUCUUUGUUUGGAAAAAACCACCGAUGUUAUUGAUGAGAUUAAAACAAAUCUUGUUGAAAUUGAAGAUGUGAGAAGAGAUGUGCAGAAGCGUCUCGACAAGCUAAAUGCCUUGCAAUCAACAUUACAGUACUUAAGAGUCAUACAAAGAAUUGAAUUUUUGAGUGGAGAAUUGGAACGUGAAUUUAAGAAAAAAGACGAUGAGCAGUGCGUCACAAUUUUUGCAAACUUGUGCGAAAUUAGCCGUAAUUUAACUGACUUUCAAGGUACCAACUUAAGGAAUUAUCUUAAAGACACUCUACACUACUGGCAUAACAUACUCAGAGAGAAAUUAGCGAAGGAUUUUGAUGACGUAAUGAAAGCAUUGAAAUGGCCAUUCGUUAGUGCAAACUUCAGUCUUCAAACCCCCUCUUCAAAUAACAUUCUAAAAUUACAAAUUGUGGCAGAAUAUCUCCUCCAAAUUGAACUUCCAAGUGAAACGGUUGAUCCGAGAAUAACUUCAGCCCUUUUGAGCGAUUUUCCACCUCUUAGUCUGCCUGUCAUGCUUCUAGUCCAGCCUUUAAAAAAGAGAUUUUUGUACCAUUUUUAUGGGGCCCGUCAGACCAACAGGCCUGAUAAGCCUGAAUGGUACUUUACUCAGAUUUUAACGUGGAUCAGGGACCAUUCCGAUUUUUUAAUCAAGUGGAUACAGCCCGUUAUUGAUAAAUUGGGGCUUCACCACAUUGACGCUAAAUUGGAAUUCAUCAGAGGCCUUGUCCAAUUAGCUGUAGAAAAAUUAAAUUCAGACCUUCCAAACUUACAAUUUGACGAUUUCACUUUUUCGCACUCUAUAGAUGAGGCACUUGGCUUUGAUAAAGAAUUGCGUGAAACUUACAGUUAUCCACCGAAUCAACCGAGUGUUUUAGCCGUUUUAACUCAAGCUAAAAUUAUUAUUAAAUGGAUGGCCAUGGAAAAAAAAUAUGCCACAGAAAAAAUGGACGCGAUGAUGUCUUCAACCACAAUUGAUCCUUUUGAGCCUCUAACUUAUGAUAUCGAAGAUUUAAAAAUUACAACAUGUGCUGAUGCUUUUAUUACGCUUCUUCAGACAAUAACAGAACGUUACGAGGCUUUACCACAACCCGGACAUCGUUUGCAAUUCCUAGAUCUUCAAUUGGAACUAUUGGAUGAUUUUAGAAUAAGAUUGUUGCAAUUGGUUAACGCAGAACAUGAAAAUAUAGUCGAAUCGAAAAUUCCAAUGAUUGCUAACACUAUUUAUUACAUAGAAAAUGUUUUAAUUGAUUGGGGAGCAAUGUUGCACUAUUUGAAUUUAUAUUACUACAAAAGUCAACUGAAUGAUUAUAAAGCACCCACAAGUCCUUCAAGUGACUCCGACGACUAUGACCCCACGAAUAUAGAAAGUGAGACCGUUUUUGCCGAAACUUUAUCACUUUACAGACACAUGAGACGCGACUUGUUAUUUAAUUUAUCAGAUUAUGUCAUGUUAGAAGUUAGGUCACAAGGUAAAGCAUACAGGAGAGAAAGAUGGUCUUCUAUGAAAGUCGGUAAAGAUAUCAAAGGCCUAUCUUUGACCCCCACAGCUUGUCCUAUUUUUGAAAUCGUGGCUAAAAGAUUACACCAACUGCAAAAAACUCUAGCUUCGAAACUAUUUACGAUACUUUGGCGAUCAAUUGCACAACAAUUAGAUAAUUAUCUUUUUGAGGAUCUCGUUUUGGAUAAUAGGUUUAACAGUGGGGGCGCUCUACAAUUAAAGUAUGAUAUAACGAGGAAUUUACUUCCAUUGUUUUCACAAUAUACUGAAAGACCAGAAACUUAUUUCGUUCAGAUGAUUGAGGCUUGCAAUCUUUUGAAUAUAACAAAAGGAUCAGCUUUGCUACUACGGGAGACUCUCUUGGCCCUUGAGGGGGCCACAGGUAUUGAAGAUUCACGAGGGAGAGCUCUUAAAGAAGUUGGAGUGGUCAGUUUUACCCCAAAAAUGGCUGUUAAAAUUCUAAACCAACGCACCGAUAUUACAAUUAAUAGAAUGGAUGUUGAUUAAUGCAUUUAUUAUACGUUUUGUUGAAAUAUUUUGUAAUAAAGUAUUUGUUCUCA